AUUUUUGCAACAAAAUUUUAAAUCGAGUAAUUAAGUAAGAUACAGAGAGAGAACUAGUGGAAAUGGAAACAAAUGACAAAGAAUCUGAAAAUGAGAUACUUGAGACACCACCAAAAACAAUAUUCACAACAAUUAAGCGAGAAGAUACAGAGGAUGAUGAUUACGAGUCUAUUCACCUGAAUUUUCCAGCUAUUUCGCCCGUUUCAAACAUUUCUACAUCGUCAGGCUUUAUAUCUUGUGGAAGUUCUUCGAGUUCAAAACCUACUACACCCACGAAUUUAUUGACUGACAAACAUUGCGAAGAUUAUGCUGAAUGUAGUAUCCAAAAUUCCACCCAUGACAAUAUAAAUAAUAAUAAACCUAGUGCUAUCAAUAAUGUUGAGAUAAUACGUGAUAAUGGGCAAUUAGCAAUAAAUAUUAAUAAUCAGAGACAUAAUUCCGACACUGAGAGUGACGAUAAAAGUAGCAAAUUGCUGUAUUCGCCAGUUCCAUCCUGCUCUAAAGGUGUUAAAAGUCGAUCAAAAUAUCGAAAUAAUUCUUCCUGCUCUUCAUCGUCAUCAGAUAAUCAUUCGCAGCCGUCAAGAUAUCAUCGACAAAGUAAGAAACAUAUAUCGUUAGAGGACGAGAUUGUGAUAUAUGAAUCAGAUUCGUCAUUAAUUGAGUCUCGUCGUCGCAUUUCAAGCAACAGUCAUUAUUCAAACAACUGCAAUCGUAUAAAUUUCCAAAUUCAGGGUCGUUCAUCAGCUAAUGCAGCAAUUAUAAGUAGACAUAAGAGUGAAGAAAAUCCACCAACGCAGCCUUCGAAUCAAAUUGUAUCAAUAUUAAAACGAAAGGAUAGUUCUGGUAAAGAAAGUCCUUGUUUAGUCACAUUCUCGCCAAAUGUAAAGGAUAAUAAUUUUGAAUCAAAUCGUGCGUCGACCUCAUCAAACCGUCAAGGAAUCUUGAAGAAAAGAAGCUCAUUGGAUGAGUCAUCACGUCGCUUUAGAAGUCAUUCACCGUCGAGUGAAAAGGGAUGUUUAGUUAAAGACGAUCGACGUAGAAAUAGUUGUGAGGAAAUUCAUCAUCAAGGAAUAUUAAAACAAAAAAGUUAUGAGAGUAGUACAGGAUAUAGCAGUUCAGGAACUCGUUCAUCCGGACUUACAACUCCAAAUUCAGGUGUUCAGGGAAUUUUAAAAAAGCCAAGCUUAACACCAUCAGAUCAUUCUAGUGAUCAUUCAACAACAAAACAUGUCUCAAUUUCUGAGGCUGUUAUUCUUGCUGCAGCUGAAUUAUGUAAGGAUAUGAUUAUUGAUGAUACUCACGAGCCAUAUAUAAAGCCAAUCUUAAAAUUGGACAAUGAACAUCAUUAUGGACAUGAGAGGAAGCCCAAGCCAAUUUUAAAGAAAAAUCACUCAUCAGAGAAUGAAGAGAUUCGAUCGAUUCUAAAGUCCCGGAAGAGUAGUCGCGAGGAACCAGACGAUUUAUAGGUAAAGCAUUUUUAC